AUGGCUACACAUGAGCCCACACCACGAGGUCUGAUCGCCUCUCAGGGACAGAUUGAUGAAGAAGAUACGGCAGAAAAAAUACGUCCAGUUACUUCUAGCACUGGAAACAAACAUAUAGAAGGAAAAAUGGAUCCCUUUUGGCCAUCAGAAACUAACAGCUUUCGACGCUUCACCCCUGAGUCCUUGGCAGCAAUUGAGGAAAGAAUUGCUAAGAAAAAAAAGCAGCAAGCCAAAGUUAACCGGGAGAAUAAGGGCAAAGGAGUUGAAGAACAUAAACUUACUCCUCAGCUUGAUCUGAAAGUCUGCAAAAAACUGCCGUCUCUGUAUGGGGAUCUUCCUGUGGAGCUCAUUGGGGAACCCCUAGAAGAUAUUGAUCCGUACUACAGUGAUCACAAGACUUUUAUGGUGAUAAAUAACAGGAAGACUAUUUUCCGGUUUACUGCCAUGCCUGCCUUGUUUAUAGUUGGUCCUUUUAAUCCAGUCAGAAAAGCAGCAAUUAAAAUUCUGAUCCAUUCAUUAUUUGUUGGCUUUAUUACAUGUACUGUGGCACUCAAUUGUGCUUCCAUGGCUUUAACUAAGCCUUCAGAAGCACCCAACUGGACUGAAUAUCUUUUUACUGUCAUAUAUACUGGUGAAAUACUGAUAAAAAUAUUAGCAAGAGGAUUUGUUUGGGAUGAAUUUACCUUUCUUCGAGAUCCAUGGAACUGUUUGGAUCUUGUUGUUAUUAUUGUAAUGUAUGUUAGUAUACGGAAAAGUAUGGGCAAGGUUUCAGCUCUUCGAACUUUCAGAGUACUGAGGACUUUGAAAGCUAUUUCAGUAAUACCAGGUCUGAAAGUCAUUGUAAAUUCACUUAUUGACUCUGUUAAGAAACUUACUGAUGUGUUGAUCUUGACUGUUUUUUGCUUGAGUAUAUUUGCUCUAAUAGGCCUCCAGCUUUUUAUGGGCAAUUUAACAUCCAAAUGUGUCCUCAGUAAUACUACAUAUAAUGACACAUUAUGUAAGGAUGCCAAGAUAUAUGUACCAAAUGAUGAAGAUAUCUGCUACAGAAUGAAUAAAUCUUCUGAAAUACUGCUCUGUGGGUUCAGUUCAGAUCCUGACAAAGAGUGCCCAGAAAACUAUAGCUGCGAGAGGAUUGGGAAGAAUCCUGACUUUGGUUAUACAAGUUUUGAUCAUUUUGGCUGGGCCUUCCUUUCUUUAUUUCGUCUGAUGACACAGGAUUGCUGGGAGCGUCUCUACAGACAAACUAUCCGUACAUGUGGGAAGAACUACGUUUUCUUUUUUCUGGGGGUCAUCUUUUUAUGCUCAUUUUAUCUCUUCAAUCUGAUCUUGGCUGUGGUAACUAUGGCAUAUGAAGAGCAAAACAGAGCUACUCGUUCUGAAACAGAGGCAAAGGAAAAAUUACUUCAGGAAGCCCAACAAAUUCUAGAGAAAGAACAGGUGUUGGCUGCUGGAGAGAGUAAGGCGGCCUUACAUGUCAGAUCUGAAAUGUCAGUUGCUGACUUGAAAAAUUCAAAAGAAAAAGAGAUGAAGAAAGAAAAACCUAUUUUAAGACAAAGCUUAAUUUUAGGUGAUCAUGGCAAAGAGGAGCAUAUAUUUCAUUCACAGCCUGGUCACUGCCACAAGAAGCUUAGGCAGGUACUGCUGUCCUAUGAAUUGUCAGUGGACUCUAUUAAUGAUCCUUUUCGAAGACAGAGGUUAAUGAGUGCGGCCACUGUUAUUACAGAUAAUUUGCAACUGCAAGAGUCAAAACUGAAAUGCUCUUUAAUAUUGAAACAUUUUGCUCAAAAGUAUCUAAUUUGGAAUUGUUGUCCAUUCUGGAGAGGAGUCAAAGAGAAGGUGAAAUUGGUAAUUUUGGAUCCAUUUGUUGAUCUCUUAAUCAUGGUUUGCAUUAUCGUGAAUACCUUAUUCAUGGCUCUGGAGCACCCUGACAUGCCAUACAAUUACCAACAAAUGAUUUUUAUAAGUGACAAGAUCUUCACCCUGAUUUUUACAGCAGAAAUGAUCUUAAAAAUCAUCGCUCUAGAUCCUUACAACUAUUUUCAGCAAAAAUGGAAUAUUUUUGAUAGCAUAGUUGUUAUGAUUGGCCUAAUAAGCUUUAAAGAAAAUCUGUCAUCAUUCAGGCUGCUCAGGAUCUUCAAAUUGGCAAAGUCCUGGCCAGCCUUAAAUACUCUUAUGAAAAUAAUUCUGAACUCAGUUGGUGCUCUGGGUAACCUCACUCUGGUUUUGAUUAUCACUGUAUUUAUUUUUGCUGUAGUAGGAAGGCAGGUUUUGGGCAAUUAUUAUGAGAAAAAUUACUCUAAAAUAAACAUCGAUGAGAAUUUGCGCUGGCAUAUGAAGGAUUUUUGUCAUUCAUUCCUGAUUAUAUUCCGAAUAUUAUGUGGAGAAUGGAUUGAAACCAUGUGGGAAUGUAUGGAAGUGGCUGGAAAAGGGCUAUGUCUUCCCAUUUUCUUGCUAGUCCUGGUGAUAGGAAACCUGGUGGUGCUCAACCUAUUCAUUGCCUUGCUGCUGAGUUCAUUCAAUACUGACUCCUCAAUGGGACAAGAGGAAACUGGACAAAUUACUAAAUGUCAGAUUGCCAUUGCACGGAUUCACAAGGGCCUGCAGUCUGUGAAAAAACAAAUUUUGGAUCAUUGUGGCAAAAUAAUGAAACGAAGCCUCAAAACAACAGCCAAAAAGAAGACGUUGUUGACAAUUUCUGCCAAAGACAUAGAGGAAAAUAACUAUGCCAUGACAGAUGUCAGAAAGGAUAUACACAACAGUUGCUUUGACAUUGGGUAUUACAAUACUGAAGAGAGUUCCUCAAUAACAAGGAAAUACGAAGAAUUUUUAACCAGUCAUAGUACCUGUGUUCCCAUUGCAGUAGCAGAGACUUACAGCGAUGAAGGUGAUGAUGACCACAGUGUAUGCACAGGAAUAGAAUACAGAAAACAGGGAGACAGAUUAAGACAUAGAGAGCGGCGCCAGAGUUCAAGCAGCUUCAGUCAGAUUUCUGGGACUUCUGAAACUAUAAGUGGUUUUUCAGAAACACACCAAAAAAAAGAGCAAAAAGAGAAAUGUGAUGCUGGUAGCUAUUCUGAAGCCAGCACUGUGGACCCAGUUAUUCUUCUGGAGAUGUUUUCCCAGCCUAAAACGUCGCACCUGCCUAAGGACUGUUUUGCAGAAAGUUGUGUUGAAUGUUUCCCGUGUUGUGUAGUGGAUAUCACUAAGUUUCCAGGCAGAACUUGGUGGAAAUUUAGAAAAACCUGCUACAGAAUAGUUAAACAUAGCUGGUUUGAAAAUUUUAUAAUUUUUAUGAUAAUAUUGAGCAGCGCAGCACUGGCAUUUGAAGAUAUUCACCUGCAGGAGAGAAAAACAGUGAAAAUCCUCCUAGAGUAUGCUGAUUAAAUAUUUACCUACAUCUUUUUUAUGGAGAUGCUUCUGAAAUGGGUAGCUUAUGGUUUGCACAGUUAUUUCACAAAUGCCUGGUGUUGGCUUGACUUCAUUAUUGUAUGU